AUGCAAGACCAGUCCCACCCACUCGGCGCAAGACGAUCUCAUCCGCACCCGACUGCUAACUUGGACGCUCACUAUCGCACCACACCGACACAGAGGACCAGCAAAGCUGCUGUUGCCGCUGCCGCUGCAGAUCUAGAACCCAUGCUCGAUCCCAGCCCGCCCCCGGCCUUCUCCAAAGCUUCUCUCUACCAGAUUGGCUUGGUCGAAGGUCUCACUCCACCAGCGCAUGCCUCGCUCUCCGCCGUCGGCACCUCGCCCGUCGAAGUGAGCAGCGUCGUGACCACAGGUCUCGAGAUGGGCCUUGGAGUUAGCCUCGCCUCGUCGGCCCUUAUGACACAUAUCCCAGGCGCCAAAGUCGCAGCGCUCUCGGGUCUCGCCGAGCCCCGAUACUCGCGCCCGCACCAGACCACCUUUGAGCCAACUUCAUCGGCCUCGGACGACGGCGCUUUCGAUUCACAACCAUCGCCAUCCCCUUCUUCUGCUCCCUUCGACUUUGACAGCCCAGAGGCUACCUCGGCCGCCGUCAGCCUGCCUUACCGCAAGAGCGGCAGUCAGAGUCCCGACUUUGCCGCCGAUGGAGUCGAAGGAGACCUUCACCGCAGGCGCACCACGGGCGCGCGUCAACCAAAGCAUCGCAUGGAGCCUAUGAGGCUCGGUCGUCAUCAUCGUGCUGACACGCACGAUUCCAUCAUCCCUUCCAUCCCAUCGCCUGCCAACGUCGCAGAGAUCGAAAAGCAGCAAUACUAUCAGAACAACUAUAUCGCGCUCCGCAACGAAGCCAAGAUCCUCACCCACGGCCUGCCCAGCAGCUUCAACACUGAUGCUCCAUUGUCAGCCACCACCAGUCUCGAUCAAGAGCCGUCGCUGAGCGGUCGCAGCAGCACACACGCACAGGCCUCGCUCGGCAGCAGCACGCAGCUUCAGACGCCCUCGCUCGGCGACAAGGUCAUGCUCUCGCCCGACGUGCACCACCCGCUGUCUGGUAAACCCUUUGCAGCUGCCACCUCGUCGUCCAGCCCGUUCCACGACGCUGCACAUCCCACCGAGGCAGCUGGCUGGAAGUCCAUCCGACAAGGCCUGGCUGCUGGUGCACAUGGACCCACCCAAGCGGCUUUGCUCGGCCUGGGAGGCGGCAGUCACUUUGGACCGGGCGUCCGCGCAAAGGUGUCCGAGGUACUGCCUUAUCUCGUGGCGAGCAUCCCAAUCUCUGGCGAGGAGGGCGAGACCAUCACCAUCGCCGAAUACGGCAGCCUCAACACCCGAUCCGUCAACCUGAUGCAGGCCAUCAUCUCGUCCUUCGUCGAAAAGGCGCACGCAGAUACGCCAAGGAGGGAAGCCAGCAAGACCGAGGAGGCCAGCGACUACUUUCCCGGCCUCGAUGCGGCGGGAGCUUCGUCGCUCCGAUCCAUCUUGGGCGUCGAUGCGUCCGCAGACGAUCCGUGCAAGGUCAAUUUCUCCAUCAUCCACGAGGAUUCGCCGCAAGCCGACUUCCGGCCCUUGUCGCAGAUGCUCGAUUCGAAUCCCGAGUCGUACCUUCAUCCGCAGUGGCAGGCCACGCACGAGCCGCCUCUGCACAACGCCAUCUUCCCUAGCUUUGUCUCGAGGCCGUUUGCAUCGCGCAUCGCUCCUCCCUCCACACUGCACCUUGGAAUCAGCUUGAUGGAUCUGCAUUGGUCGCACACGCCAAGGAGCCCCACCGUAUCUCUAUCCACGUCGGCACACGCCGAACUCGCUGCUUUCCUCACGGCCAGGGCGCACGAGUUCCGCAAGGGCGGUGUCAUCGUGAUGGCCUACAUUGCUCGAUCCGAGGACAGCAACGUCGUCUUGCCCGAUCGUCCCCGGUCCACCGUACACAGCAUCGGCUCGACCGAAGUGGACAGCGUGGAUGGCGCCGCCGCGGACGAACAUGCGAUCUCGCCACGUAUCCCGAUGCUGCGCAAGGAGCGAAGGCGCUCCAACUCGUCGCCCAGCCGUGCGUCGUUUGCCGGCGCAGGAAACGCAGCAGAUGCCUCUCAUCGGCCGUCGGAUAUCUGGUCGACCUUGACCAACACGCUCGCACCGUGCUUGCAGCGACUGGUGUCGUGCGGCAUGCUUAAGAGCGAUGUCGCACGCCACCUGCUCAGCCUGCCUAUGCAUGCACGCACGCCACGCCAGACGCGCAACGUGCUCAAGUCGGUCAAGCAUCUGUGGAAGGUCGAGUGGAGCUGUGGCUUGGGCGACGAGCUCGUCUCUGCCAACGAUCCGCCCUCUCUGCCGUGCGAAGCCGAGCCGUUGCGUUUGCCGCACCCGGCGUGGAAGGCGUUGCAGGCGGGCACGCUCUCGCGCGUCGCUUUCGCCGAGCACAUGAUCCAGCUGUUCAAGAACCUGUACGAGUCGCACUUCCGCGCCAUCCUGCGAGAGAAGGGCAAGCUCAGCAAGGGCGCCGUCGAGUUUGUACUCGAUUCGCUCUGGGAUGUGCUUCAGUCCAGGAUCGACGAUCAGGAGCCGUGUCCGAUCGCCGAGUGCGAACUCGAAGUGCAGAUCGUAGCUCUGCGUCGCAUCUAG